AUGGCAGAACAACACGUCUCCUUCAAAAUCGAAGAUCUCUUCUCCGUCAAGGGCAAAGUCGUCGUCGUUACUGGCGGUGGAUCUGGUCUGGGUAAAGCUAUUGCUGAAGGGUUUGCGGUUAAUGGUGCAAAAGUUUAUAUUUCUGGUAGACGAAAGGAUACGUUGGAGACGGCUGCGAGACAGAUUGGAGGAGAUAUUCAUAUUAUCCAAGGAGAUGUGCAGACGGCAGAGGGAUGUAAGGCUAUUGUUGAGAGUAUUUCUGCUAAGGAAUCUCAUGUCGAUACACUCAUAAAUUGCGCCGGCGUAAACAGCCCCUGGAGAGUGAUGGCCAAGGAUCACAAUGACCUUGAGAACCUUCUCAUCAAUGGAUUGAUUGAAGAGGAUUUCGAUCGAAGUAAUCAAAUCAACGUCAACGGUGUAUACUUCCUUACCGUCAACUUUAUACCCUUGCUACGCAAAUCGAAAGAUCCGAAUGUCUGUGUGAUUGCGUCGUUAGCGGGAUUGGGUAACAUACGAUCGAUGGGGUCCCUCACAUACGGCGUCUCCAAGGCUGCUGUCGUUCAUCUCUCAAAGCUCCUUGCUGGCCGUUUCCACCCGAUGAAAAUCCGCGUCAACACUAUCUGCCCCGGGAUCUUCCCCUCCGAAAUGACAGGAGUCACAGCCGGUAAACACGAAUACAACAUCAAUCAUCAAGCUGAAAAGGCAGCACUUCGAAGUACCGUAGGUCGCCCCGGUCGUCCCGAGGAGAUGGUUGGCCCCGUUUUGUUAUUGUCGAGUCCCGGUGGAGGCUACAUGAAUUGUGCGCUGUUGACUGUGGAUGGGGGACGGUUGAUGGGUGUAUCGAUUAAUGAUGGGAUUCGAAUGCCUGAUCAUUUGUAUACUGACGAGAUUUUGGGCUAG